AUGGGUGAGCUUGUAAAUGCUGCAAGAACAUUAGGUGAAACAGGAAAUUUUGUAGAUGGUUUUAAAAGACUUGUUUCAAAUGUUUUAACAAACACAAAGAAAUUAUUUAGAUAUACCGUACAUAACGGACGGAUUUUCGAACAGAUAGCAACAAACCCUCCGGUUAUGGCUGCGUUGAUGAUGGUUAGAGAUAUAAAACCACGUAACGACGGGAACGAAGAACAUGAACAACAGGAUACUGGUCGGGUUAUUCGAGACAUUAAAAACGUGUAUCCUGAAGUUAUUGAUUUAUUUAGAGGAGUUAAUGAUUCAAUUUCAAAACAUUCUAUAACCCUCGAUGAAGAGAAUAAAUUAACAGAUUAUAUAUUCGUCAUUAUUGCAGAAUUAAUGAAGAGAAUAAAUGAAAAAGGAAUUGGUGAUAUCAUUAAUGUCAGCGAUGUAAUGAUGAAAAGAAAUUUUGACUCAUUAUUUACAAAACCGAAAACAGAAUAUAGUCUUUAUGACGUAAUUACCGAAUUAAUGAAAAAGAUUAAUGAUAAUAAGAGUUCUGGCGGAAGAGUUGAAUUAGAAGUGAAUGAUGUUAAUGAGAAAUUAGCCGAAAAAGCAGACAAAAAUGAGCUUUUAGCUCUGAGUGAUAAAGUCAAGAACCACGUUCAUUAUAUAACUUCAGACGAACAGAUUAUAACGGACUACCAUGGAUAUUUAACACAGGAUGAACAAAUAAGCACUGAAGAUGUUAAUGAAAGAAGAUAUAAAUACAUUCGUGCUAAAGGUUAUGACAUAAGCUGUACUGUACAUUAUGACGCGGGUAAAGCGCUAGAAGCAUUUAGUUAUAACGAUGAAAUUUAUGCCUCUACUUUCUCUGUUAAAGGUGUAUUAGUUGAACCAAGAUUUACUUUGAGAGUUAAGUCAAAAAUAACUUUUGAAGAUGCUAUUAAAAGUAAAGCUGACAAAGUUGAACUCGAAGCAAUGAACAAAGUUUUGAAAUCUCAUAAACACAACAUCUCCGAUAUAAAUGAACUUCAAGCUACAUUAGACAGUAAAGCCGACAAGAACCAUACACAUGAAUCCUUCACUACUGUUAGAGCAGACGACAUAAUAUUGAACUAUACCCUUGGUUCAAGUGCACCUUUAGAGAAUCCAAGUACAAGCAUAAAAGAUACACUAAACUCCUUAAAUAGUAAAUGUAUGAACAUUGAAGGUCAUGCCAGAAAUUUUGAAACACAUGAACUACCAGCAAUGUUAGAUAAGAAAGCUGACAAAGAACAUACGCAUAAAUCCUUCACUACUGUUAGAGCAGACGACAUAAUAUUGAACUAUGAUUUGGGUUCAAGUGCACCUUUAGAGAAUCCGAGUACAAGCGUAAAAGAUACUCUUAACAAUUUAGAUAACAGUUGCAGGAAUAUCGAAGGUCAUGCCAGAAACUUUGAAGCAUAUGAACUACCAGCAAUGUUAGAUAAGAAAGCAGACAAAACAGAGCUUCAAACAUUAAAGACUGAAAUACUUCAAACAUUAUAUCCUAUAGGCUCUAUUUAUACGUCAAUGAACUCAACAAAUCCAGCAACAGUUUUAGGUUUUGGUACGUGGAAGCAGAUUGUAGAUAAAUUCUUAUACUGUGCUAACUCUUCAAAGCAAACAGGAGGUUCGAAGAAAAUUAAAGAAGCAAACCUUCCACCGCACACUCAUACAGGAACUACAAACACAACAGGUAGUCAUUCACAUUCAAUAACAAAAAGAGGUUAUACAAAUCUUGCAGCAGGUUCGGAUAGACAGGGAAUGCAUAGAUAUGAUAUUUCAAGUGACCCAGUAGAUUCAAGCGCAGGUAUUUUCUGUGGAACCACAGGAAAUCAUUCACACACUUUCACAACAAAUCCAACAGGCUCGGGUGCAGAUUAUAUGCCACCAUUUGUGACUAUAUUCGCAUGGUACCGCGUUCAAUGA